AUGCCUGCCCAUCACCAUUGCAACGCUCAUGCCGGUCUACCCCGGGUCUGGCUAGGUUGGGGUGAACUGGGUAACCGGAAGGCUCAACUCCAAGCUCGACAAGAAGAAUACUUCGAGACCCAUACCCCCGAUUUCAAGCUGCGACACCCAGACAACCGCCAACGCGGUUGGGAUGUGCACUUGGAUGUUAUUCGCAAGUCGACCCGUUGGAUCGACUGGCGGAUUCACAAGACUGGAGACAAGCAGAGACUUGUUCUUCCUGAUUUGAUCUGUCAGCUCUUGCGCAUUCACUUGUCGAUGUUUCAAACUGCUCUCCUUCUUAGAAUUACUGACCUCCAGGCUAUUGCAUUCCGCAGAUUCCGUGAUCUCAUGGAUACUGCUCCUGCUUUCGUUUUGCAUUAUGAAAUCACUGGGCUGAAAUCCGUCACUGACUAUCGCCCCGAACUGGUGCUUCCUGCAGUCCUUAGGUAUUGUGGGUAUUACCGUAUGAAUCCUCAGCAGAUUACAAGACACGGGAAGAAGGUGAGAGUUUUUGGUGAGGCCGAGUUCGCUGAGCUAUGCCAGAAGAGCCCCAAGUUUGGUUGUGACCUAGCCCUGGGAAUUUGGCUGGAUACUAUUGAUAUCACAGUCCCGACUAUUAAGUUCCCGGGCAACUCAGAGCCCAUCAGGUCGAUUCAUCCCUAUAUGCAAAUGUCACUACCGCCACAGGUGGCAGACCGCAAACGGUCAAACUACCAAUAUGUUACUUACUUGCAGCCUUUGCCCUUUAAGGAUUUCAAUGACCAGCGACCGUCUAACACACCUACAUGGACCCCGUCCCCCUUCACUGGGUCUUUUGCUACCCCCCAGACCUCAUCGCAACGAACACAGACACGCACCUCAUUUACUCGGGGCAGCGAGGCUGCAGUUCAGCAUACCCCAGACUUUCCCCAGUUUGCGCUUGAACAGACAGAUGACUUUAGCUUCCUUGAGGAUGGUCUAAUUGAUACUACUAUGGAUCAUAUUGCCGCGCAACUACCACAGGAAUAUUCCACAGGCCCAGAUGACUUGAAUAAUAUUGACUGGGCACACACGAUGGAUUGGAGUGGAGUGGAUAUUCCCGAUAUUGACUUCAGCGAGUUGAUGAAUGAUGAUUCUCUUGCCGAGCCAAGUGCGAAUGCAUUGGACGCAUCGGACUUGACACAGGAAAUAACAGUGGCCCAAGAGGACUUGGCUAAUGAGGACUUCACUCGGCUUUUGAACGACGAUACUUUAGAUCUGCAGUUUAUCGAGUCGUCCUGCCUAGACCCGCCCAUGGAUAUCGACAUGGAAUUGGAUCCACCAGAACUGAACUCUUUCGAUAUGACAUGUCUACCUGAUAUCGACUUUUCUGCACUCACUUCACAGGAGUUUAUUGAUCCUGCAGUCUUGACUCAACCCCAGUACAUGGACUCGGUCUUCCCUGGAAUGGAUACAUGUUUCAAUGUGCCCCAGGAGAUUAAUUUUCUUCCAGAGCAAUUUAACUCACAGUUGAAUACAUACUCUACCGCUUCCAAGCUCCGGAACCAUCAGCCAGUCCAGAUAGCGGCCCCUUCUACACAAUCCCUAGUUGAGCGACAGGCAAUCCGGUCUGCAGCUGUUUCUGCACAAACUAAAUCUCGUGCAUCGAUCCCGUGUCCUCGUCGAGAAUCUACUCAAACCCGAUACAAUUUGAGGACUCGCCCGAGUGUGAUUGAUUUGAAUGAGGAGCUCUAA